GGUUUCCGGCAGCUCAGGCUAUUUUAAGGCGCGCGCUGUGCUGAUCGCCUCGCUGUGAGCCCUCUGCUCUUCAGUGACGACUUCGUCCUUCUCCUCCCCUCUGGGGCCCCGCCAGCAUGGGUCCCAGGCCCCAGUCGCUGCUCGCCGCCCUCCUACUGCUCCUCGCCGUCGCUGGCCCCGCGUACUGCGACACACCUGCCAACUGCACCUACCCUGACCUGCUGGGCACCUGGGUCUUCCAGGUGGGCCCCGUUGGUUCUCAGAGCGAAGUCAACUGCUCGGUUAUGGGACCACCAGAAAAAAAGGUAGUAGUGCACCUUAAGAAGUUGGAUACAGCAUAUGAUGAUUUUGGCAAUGCCGGGCAUUUUACCAUCAUUUACAAUCAAGGCUUUGAGAUUGUGUUGAAUGACUACAAGUGGUUUGCCUUUUUUAAGGAUGUCACUGAUUUUAUCAGUCAGUUGUUCAUGCAGCUGGGAACUGUGAGGGUACAUGAUUUGAGACAUCUGAGGAACAAACUGGUUAUUAAAUAGAGCAUCUGUUGAGGGGCUCUUUUAAAACAACAACCAAAAAGCAGACUUUGGGGCUAAGAGGCAGAGCAGCAUGCAGCCGUGGACCUUCUUACCUCUAACAGCUAGCCGAGGCCUCUAGCAACUACAUUCCCCUUCUGGAGUCUUUCUGUGCAUGUAAAAUGCUGAGGAGUCCUGGUGACCUACCUCCAAGGCAGCUGCCCUCCUGAACCAUUUCCCUGGAAAGCAGCAACCGCCAUUUUGAAAUGUGAACAACCAGACUACACAGGAAAAAGAAAGACAUCUGGAAGUCUUAGGUGGCUUCACCAUUCAACCUUUGAAUGAAAGGAACUAUAUGAAACUCGAGUUUUUCCCUUUUGAAUAUUCUUCUAUUGAAAUGAUUUUUCCAAACUCAUUAGGAUUUGAAUUUUGUGUUGUAUUUUGUUCAUAGUGCAAAUUUUAUUCCCAGUUAAAUUAUCUUCUUGUGUGCCUUUCUUUCUUUAAUUAUCUUGAUGAACCACAGGACCCAUUGUAAGGAGAAAUUAAUGCUUCAGGAUAUCUUGAGAUGCACAGAUGUAAAGGGUAGAAAGAUCAUUCUACAGAAGACAUGUUUGGGGGACAGGUUUCUGAGAUAAGUCAUACCACUGAAGGGUAUCCUUGUAGAUCAUAGGCCUGUAGUACCCUAGCCAGAAAGAUGGGGUGAUUAAUACAUUUUUUUGUCUGUUUUUUUGAUUAGGUCCCAGUUUUGUACUAAGAACUUGACAUAUAUUGCCUUACAAGAUCUUAUGAAGUAGAUAUUACUAGCUUCAUUUUACAGAUAGGGAAAAUUAGUCUCUUACUGUGCAUCCAAUUGUAAAAUGACAAGGGCUAGCCUUUCAAGCCUAAGGACCUCCCUGGGGCUAAAGGAUAAAAGAAAUAAUGGUACUUAAGUGACAGACAUUUCAGUGGAUUUUUUUCCUGGAGACUCCCAAUUCAUAAGCAUCAUGAAUGUUUAAUGGGAUGAAAUACGCAUUGUAUUGGCUUCUUUUGAAAUGGUUUACAGCUUAUGUUUCCUUACCAAAUUAGGCUAUUCUCUUUCUUUCCUAAACCAGGGUCCUUUCAUUCAAGAUGAAAACUUACCUUCUCUCCUUUUGUGUUCUUAGAAAGGAAGGUUCUGAAAAACGUCACAUUAAGUAACAUUGCCUAGUUGACUUCUCUUAAUUACACUGUUGUUCUUAUUGAUUGCUAUCUUUUAGCUCUUUCCUGCUAAACAGUGGACUAGUUUCCUGCUCAGUUGUUCAGAAUUGAUGAAUAUCAGCCUCAGUAAGUUGAAAAUUUGGAACCAUACCUAGUCCCUAUUUUCUGGAGGGCUUUUCUCUUGUAUCUGUGCUUGAAUGGAAGAAUCUCUAGAUACCAGAUUUUUAUCAUUUUAUUGGUUCAGAGAACUUUUUAUGACCUCUGAGUGGCCACUGGUCUGCUAUUCUGGAAAGGUUACGUCUUAGAAGGGUGAAGUAACUGUAUGCCCGACUACUUCUACCUGGAUACUUUUUUCCAUCCUACCUCUGGACCUGAUAAUUCAUUACUCGGGGCCUUGAUGCCACCUCUGUGAGACCUUCCCUAGCUCUCUCCAUUGGUGGGAGAACUGCCAUUGUUUUGGUUCACAUCGUGCUUGGAGUUACCUCUGCUCAGGUAAUUCUGCAUUAACUGCUGUAAUGGAGUGAUUUGAUAGUGUGUCUUCUUCCAGACUGAAAAGCUGUAUGUCAACCUGUGUAUAUUCAGAACCUGAUUACAUAGAACUUUAUAAGUGUUUGGAAAACUGACCACACUUCUCUUGUCUUUUCAAAGACUUUUCACAAGUAAUAUUAGCUUACAUAGAUGUAAUUCUUUUGUAUUCUAGGAGCACAAUCAGAAAUGAUGCUAUGUUUAUAUUUCUGGUUCUGUGCCCUAAAAAUACAUAUCAGGUUACCUGUCUCCAGGGUUCUAAAAGAGUUGGAUUUUUCAAACUAAUUUCCAGGAUGUAAAGUGACAAAGCAGCUAAUGUGUGUAAGAAUGUAUUUAAUAUGGAAUUUAAAACCACCUCUAUGGAAGUUGUUUUUUUUUUUUUUUUUUCUAUUUCUCUGAGAAACUUUGCAUCUAAAUGUUUUGCUAAUGGAAAAGAAGACUUGGUAGGUACAAAAUUACACAUACUUGUGUUAGCAGGUGUCCUAAAAUAAUACCGCUUUGCAUUUUCUGUCACAAUUGUUUGUCUUCUCUGAUCUUUAAACUCUGAGGGCAGGGAUCAACUCUGUACUACUAAGCAUUUUAUUCCCUUUGUAUAAUGUGAUGCAUGAUAAAUAAUAGGCCUUCAAUAAAUGUAGAAGAAAGAAAAUUGAAUAAUA